GAUUUUUGGGAAGCGCCAUGUCCCGCUCCGUCAGCUUCAGCUCCCGCUCCGUGGCCGUGCCGGCCGUCACGCAGGUGCGGGUCAGCUCCGUGUCGUCCACGCGCGGCAUCAGCGGCCCCUCCGCCCGCGGGGGCUUUGGCAGCUCCAGCCUCUACAACCUGGGCUCCUCCAAGAGGGUCUCGCUGGGAGGGGGCGGCUCCUCCUUCAGCCUCCGAUCCAGCUACGGGGGCUUCGGGGCCGCCGGGUUGGGGUCGCCGAGCCCCGCGGGGAUCCAGGAGGUGACGGUGAACCAGAGCCUGCUGACCCCCCUCAACCUGGAGAUCGACCCCAACAUCCAGAGGGUGCGGCGGGAGGAGAAGGAGCAGAUCAAGAGCCUCAACAACAAGUUCGCCUCCUUCAUCGACAAGGUGAGGGCUGGGGGGGGAUCGGAGAGCUGGGGGAAGGGGGGCAGGUGGGACCCAAAAUCCGCACCGGGUGGGACCCAAAAUCCGCUCAGAGCUCUGGGUGGGACCCAAAAUCCGCACCAGGGGGGACCUAAAACGUUCUCCGAGCUCUGGGGGAGCCGCUCUGAUUUCAUGGAAAUCCCCCCCUUUUUUUUUGGCAGGUACGAGGAUGAGAUCAACAAGCGGGCGGCGGCCGAGAACGAGUUCGUGGUGCUCAAGAAGGAUGUGGACGCCGCCUACAUGAACAAGGUGGAGCUGGAGGCCAAGGUGGACGCCCUGACGGACGAGAUCAACUUCCUGAGGACUUUCCACGAGGCGGAGAUCAACGAGCUGCAGGCGCAGAUCUCGGACACCUCGGUGGUUCUGUCCAUGGACAACAGCCGGAACCUGGACCUGGACGGGAUCAUCGCCGAGGUGAAGGCGCAGUACGAGGACAUCGCCAACCGCAGCCGCGCCGAGGCCGAGGCCUGGUACCAGAGCAAG